AACCUAGCGAAUUUCUUGAUUUUGAUUCAGAAAGUUGUGUAAUCUCAUAGAAUAAGUAGGUAAGCUUGCAAAGCACUGGUGAGUAUUGACUUGUUGGCUUUGCUGUGUAAUGAAUAAAGAUUAUGGAGAGAAAGCUGCCACACAGCGAUUAGAUUAACACCAACAUUGCACAGCAGUGUGACACUUAGUUUCCUAUGAGAGAAAUAUAUAAUUGUUUAAAAUGGAGACCGGAGUUAAACAAAUAAAACGAAAAGACGCAACUAAGGAGAAAUCAAAAUUGCCGAAAACUGCAUCAGAGGAGAAAGAAAGUGAGCCAAAAGGAAAAAGCAAAUAUGGGCCCAUGCCAUCAUUUCCGUACCAACGAGUGUUUACCCGAGGCAUUCUGAUAUUAGGGGUUCUGACAGUAGUGUAUUUUGGGACAAAGGAUGGUAGAGAAGUUGCACUUGCCAAGCAAAAGGAAGUAGUUCAUCACCGAGCACAGGAUAUCACUUGUUCAGAUGACUACAAGGCUGAACUUGAAACAUUUUCUGGUUGUGUGCCAAAGCGUUGUGGUCGUUUGGUAUCCGAUAAACUGGUAUCAGGAAGUGAAGCAGAUGCUCUCCUGAGCAUUGCAAAGCGUGGCAUGGCUCUAGGAGGAUCUCAGGGAGGGGCAACUAUACUAGAUUUGCAUUCAGGUGCACUCUCACAGGGCAAGAACUUCAUCAAUAUCUACCAACUCAACAGUGCCAAGGAAGUACUUAAGAAGACUGACUUCACAUUUUACAAGGUUGUGAAGACGAAGAUCCAGAAUGCUGUUGGUCAUCACUUCGGAGUGCAACCACAGUCACUGUACCUGACACAUCCAACAUUUUUUUCACGCCUCAAUGCUGCUCCUGCCCUAACAAUACAUGAUGAGUACUGGCAUCCACAUAUUGACAAGGAGACUUACGAAUCAUUCCAUUACACCUCUCUUCUUUAUCUUGCUGAUUAUGGACGUGACUUCCAAGGGGGAAGAUUUGUUUUCAUCGAUGGUGACAACACAAAUAGGACUGUAGAGCCAAGAAAAGGUCGAGUAUCUAUGUUUACUUCUGGCUCAGAGAAUGUUCACUAUGUGGAAAGGGUCACAUCAGGGACUCGAUACGCACUAACUGUAUCUUUCACGUGUGAUCAGAAAUAUGCCAUAGAUGACCCAACAUUGCCACCAUCUCCACCAAAGGAACUGAAACAAUAAAAUUUGUGGUUUAUUCAUUGUCUGUAAAAUUAAAAUAAAGAUUUGUACAAAACUGA